CGGUGGGUUUUUAAACUCAGGUCUGAGUUUUUAAACCCCGGUUGGGUAGAUGACUGUCAUUCAUGGAAGUAUUUUUGUGAAACGUACACUGACUUUGGGGAACACCAUGCUUCUUUGGCGAGCUUCUUUGGAAAGUUCAGGAGAAGACAUGGAGCAAACUUGACUUCACUGUGCAAAAAAGAGGGCAAUUUUCUGACUUUUACACUGCCAACAACAACAAAAAAUACCUGCUAUGCAUUUUCCAGCAACGUGGACAGGGGCCAAGUGAAGGUGAACUGGUCAUGGUUUGUCGACAGCUUUUCUUUUGUCGACGGCGUUUCUGCCCACGACCCUUCUUCUUGGGCUUAGUAGUAGCAAUCUGCCUCUUCUACCAAACUUUGACACUCAUAGGGACAAGGAAACUUAUAUCAGCUGUUACUGGGGCUUCCCCAUACAAACUGGCUGAAAUUUAUCAAAGCCAAUCCAAGGAAACCAUCCCAAGGGACACAUACUGCUUCCUGUCAUCAGAUGACACACAGGCAACCCGCAAGAUUAAAGAGUCUAUUGAGAAGCACUUUGGAAUCCAUGAAAGAAGGGCAGUGCUCUUUGUGCCUCCUUCUUACAGCCAAAAUGAACUUCAGCUUUAUCAGCACAUUCUCACAUAUCAUGGUUAUUCCAUUAUUACCUCAGAAGAAAGCCUCAGAGCUGGCCUUAGGCUUGGGCUGCUGGACCAAGAUGAAUCAGACCCCUGGGAUCUUCUCAUCUGCCUGCCUCCGAGGAAAGCUGAUACAAAGCCCUGCAUCAUGAAAGAAGACUUGUACCAGUUGCAUUUACAUCAAAGGGUGAAUAUACUCCCCCAAAUACAGCAUCAGCUUUGCAACAAGGAAGGAUUGUGCCAAGUCAUGAGAAGAUUUCCAGAAUUACAUCUUCCAGUUGUUCCUUCUGUAUGUCUGAAUGAUCACACACAGGUAAAACUGAGCACUUCAAACCAUCCUUCAAUGACAGAGAAGUCUAACGGGAAACCCCCCGUACCCCAAAGGUCAUUCUGGAACUGGCCUCAUCCUGAACAGCUGAAUCAAACCCCAGCCCCUGUGACACAUAAGCAGUUUUUUAAAGCCAAAGACCUGUCUGUGAUCAUUAAAGCAUAUGUGCUGGUGACAUCUUUAACGCCUCUGCGGGCCUUCAUUCAUUCAACUGGUACCAUUUGGAAUCCACCCAAGAAAAAACGUUUCACUGUCAAGCUGCAAACAUUUUUUGAGACAUUCCUCCGGGUCAGUUCUCCUCUUCAGGCCUUUGAUAAUAUGAAGGAAGCUAUAAGUAAACUUCUGCUGGCAGCUGAAGCAUUCAGUGAAACAUCUACUUUGGGACCAAAGACCAUCAAAAGGUGCAGAUUAUGUUUUCAACUUUUAACAUUUGAUAUUGAUUAUAGCAGUUCUUUGAACCCAUUAAUUCUUCAGGUGCAUGAGAAUUUUGAUUUUCAAGUUGAUGACAAUCUUAAUUUGGAGGACCAAAAUACAAAAGAAUUCCUUUUAAAAGACACUUUCAAUUUUCUCUUUGCCAACGAGCCUUCACUAUCUAUUUUUUCUGAAGCACUUCAAAGAAUUUACAGGUCAGAUAUAAUUAAGGAUGAAGGUUAUCAAAAUGAAUUAAAUCCAUGCCUCUCUUUAGAAGAGAUAAAUUCAAUUAUGACAUUCAUAAAGGAACUCCAGGGUCUGGGACAAUUUCAAUUGCUUCUCCCAUCAACUGAUCCUGGGAUUCAAGCUUUUAUGCAUGAACUUUAUUAUGUUUCAGAUCCAAUGGGAAAACAUGAUUCAGUUCUGACCCAGCACUGGUCCCUCUUAAAUUUAUUCAGACAAUUACAGCUCAUGAAUAAAAAUACUCAGCUCUCUUCAUUAGAAUGGAAUCUGUUUCCAGAUAAUAUUAAGCCAAGAAUCCCUUUGGAUGCAGAUGAAAAUAUCAUAGUGCCACCUUUAAUGAAUGAGACCAAAGAAAUACAUUGUAGUCAUGAUAAAGACACACUCUCUCAUGUCAAGCAGAUCUUUACAAAUCCACAUUUGGACCUGAAUCCAGAAUUUAAUCCAAAUAUCAAAGACUACUACUCCGAAGUCCCAUUUGAUAUCAUAACAGUAACAAUUGGAGCAGAGACUUCUAAUUGUCAAUGCAAAAUACAUCUGGAUGAAAAGACAGGACCAAGUUUUGCAAAUUAUCCUCUGGGAUUAGGAAUGAACAAAAUCCUGAUUCUUGUGGUAGAUGAAUCUCAAGUGAAUGGUGAAGUCCUCAGCAUUUACAAACUCACAAUUUACCGAGAAGAUCGCCCAAGUCUACCCUUGUUCAAUGACUACGUGGCUUGUGGUUUUGUGCAGGAUUGUGGUUUGAAGAUUCACCCACAGGAAACCUGUGGAUUACAGCCGUUGUCAUCUGACUACAUUGCAACCAUCUCCCAGCCUGAACUAAAGAUUUGUAAGUCUGGGGACACCAAAGGACAGUGGAUUGUACCAUGCCUUAGCUGUUCAGACAACAGAACCUGUGACUGGAGAGAAAUAACAUGGCAGCCUCAUAACUGCCAAUACAGUGUCCUGUCAAAGAAUCAACUUCAACACUGUCUGAGUGGAAGAAAGGUCCUUUUCAUUGGAGAUUCAACCAACAGAGGAAUAAUGUAUUAUCUGAUUGAAAGACUCAAUGAAACCCUGCAGGAAUGGCAGAAAAUACACAGCAUUAAAUCUUACUACAAUGUCAACAAUGGCAGAACAUUCAUCAGUUACUCAUACUAUCCCCAGUUCUGGAUCAGUGUUUCACAAAGGCCAACAUUUGAAAAAGCCCUUGAACAACUUUUGCAAAGAUCACGUCCCCUUGAAAACACAGGCCAGACUGUAUUAGUUGUUGGUGGUGUUCAGUGGCUUAAUUCCAAUCAUCUACAAAUUAUUCACAAGGUUUUAAAGAGGGAAAACUUAUUAAAUAUUCUGGUGGUUAUCAAAAGUCUGGGAAUGGGGUUUCAUCUGCCUGUGGAUGGAGUACAUUCUUUAACACAGAGUGAAGUACAGAAUUUAUGGAAAGAAAAUUGGAUUAUUCUAGAUUCUGCAAAAAGAUAUGGCUAUGAAGUUGUUGAUACUUUCAGCAUCACCAUGGGACGCUAUAAGGAAUUUCUGCAAGGGAAGUGUGGAUGCCAUUUCCAUGAGAUAGUUAAAUCUGAGACUUCCAGAGAAUAUCAUCUUAUUAAAAUGAAACCAUCAAGACAGCAUGUUGUGGGGAAAUAUUUUAGCAAUUUGAACAAACAGAAGAGACUGCAAGACUUUGCAACUAAUGUCCAAUCACCAUAUCAUGUGAAAGGCCCAGUCAAUCAAGUCUGUUCUGAAAUUCUUCUCAGCAGGAUAUGUACACGUGAAAGGACUGUGUAGCCUUCCUUCUGGAGCAGCAACUUCCUAGUUAGAGACUUCUCACUUAUCUUGUCUGUGAACCAUGUCAAAUGCAUUGCUUAUGUCUGUGGACCUCACGUACAUGCUUGCAGACACACACAAACACAGAGCAAAAACAAAAAUGCAAAAACAAAAACAAAAUGUGGCAUUUUUCUUGAGGAGUUGUAAUGCCAAAAUGUGUUCCAACAGGCUAUGGUUUCCGAGAGAAAGAUAAACAUCCAAAACUUAAAAUUUAAAAAAAAAAGGAAAGGGAAAAUUUACUUGAAAUCUAGACAAACGCUUAAGCAAGUUAAAGACAGGGUAUUAGGUUUUGUGAUAGUAAAGAGAAAUAAGAGGCAUUUGAAAUAUGUGAAAAGAGA